AAGUUCUCCGAAGCCAUAGACCUGUUCAGCCAAGCGCUCAGCCAUAACCCAAACGACUACCGAUUUUACGUGAACCGUAGCUACUGUUACGAUAGUAUACAGGACUUCCGGAGUGCCCUCAAAGAUGCCGAUACGGCCAUCAGUUUGCGACCCGAUUGGCCGAAGUGUCACUACAGGCGCGGCAAGGCGUUGGCCGGCCUUAAGAACUAUCAGGAGUCGGAGCUGUCGUUGAAAAAGGUGUUGACUCUGGAGAAGGACUGCGACGAAGCGCUGAGCGAGUUAUGGCACGUGAGGUACGGCGCGAUUGUGGGCAUGGGCUACGACACGACCACCGCUAACCUAUACUCCUCUCAAUACGACUCGAUUAAGGAGGCGCUGAGCGCGCUGUCCAUCAAAGGCGAAGAGCAAAAGCUGAUUAGUCGACGAAUAUCUGCCGAUAUAUGGAAUCAAAAAAGCGGUUUCGCCGACAAAAAGGAUAGUUUUACGGACGACGACAUCUAUAUAUCCGAUGACGAGUACAACGCCGUCCGAGAAGCGAGUUUUGAGGAGACGUCGCCGACAAACCCUUUUGGAUGGAAAGCCCUUUGGGUGGGAAACGUGGCGCUGACGGCCAACUUGGAGACCGUGACGGCGCUGUUCCGCAAGUUCGGUGCCCUUAACUACUGUAAUAUCUUUAAAGGCAAUAAUGGCGGC